GCCAAUGCAAGCACUUCCGUCGUCGACCUUCUGUCCGCCAUAUCCAGCGCCGACGUCUUCCACGCAAAUGACCAUGGUAAGGCUCAACUUACCGCCCUUCCCAACUUCAUGCGUUUGAAGCAAUAUGCUCUCUUCAAUCCACCUCGGCAUCCAAUUAUGCAUGCUGACGAAUCGGGAUUCCCGUGCUGCCCUGUGUCCCAUGCGAUUCGACUUCGGGGCACAAAGCUUCUACUCUCCUUCGCUCUUCCAGAACCGAUGGCUGCCGUUCCUCCCAAUCACGCCUAUCCGGCAUCGAAUGACUACCGUCCCUGUCCAACAACCACCGUCUCGCCAGAAACGAUGCAGUUUUGUCCCACCUUCCUUCACCAAGGACACAAGACUGCAACGGCUUUUGAUCGUCUUAAUCCAAUGCUCAGUCCAUCUAUGCUGUUAGCUGCCCUCAAAAAUGGAGUGAAAUCUCAAGCACACCUUUGCUGUCGUUUUGUUGAUGUUGGUUUUGUUGUUGCUUGCCUCCACCAUCUGCUAACUCGUACAAAUUCUCCAUCCAACACAGGAAUCCGGUUGGAUCCCUCAGGAAUCGCCGAACUUCGCACCCGUCACAGUCCUCCACAGUCCACCUGCGCUACCGAUAGCUCAAAGUGCUCCGCACGGUCGUCACCGGCGCCACCCCCUCCACUCAUUCUACCGAAUCCUCCAUGGGGGACAGUGCAGGGAGCACCUCGAGGCCAAAGUCGAACAGUGCCCCACCUCCCACACACCAUGCCCUAUUUUCCGCCCAUGCCAGUUCCUACCUCGCAUCAUACUGCGAUAGUCCAACAACGUCAUCAACAACAGCAGUGCUGCAGCUAUCUGCAACAACAACAGCAAUAUCAGCCAUCGCUGAUCAUGCCAGUGGCGGGGCAUCUUGCGCAGGAAACGCCACAUCCACCAGUACUAAGUGUCAUUGAACUCGAGGAUAACAGUUCACAGGACGUGGAUCAAAUGUCACAGAGUCGAGGUACGAAGUUGAUUACAUUGAAGUGA